CUGUGUUAUUUUAGUGUACUAUAUGCUGCUCUCAGGGCUGCAGUACUCAAUAGAUUCAUAUGACUAUUUUAUACUGCUUCAGGUACCACUGCAGAGUAGCACAAUACCUGCGUGACUUAUUAUAGACAUGUUGCUCUUGAAGCACGAGAGCUUAUUUUAUUAGGACCUGAGCACUGAUGGUGUGAGGACCCUAUUGUAAUUGCUCAGUAAAUUAUUGUUGUUCUCUGAAAUCAUUUUUGAGGGCCUAAACAUUCUCGAAAACUCAUGAAACUUUGCACACGUGUCAGAAGUGGUGGAAAUGUAUGUCUCAUAAGGGUUUCACAAUUAGGUGUGGCAAAAUGGCUUGACAGCGGCACCUUCAAAAUGUCAAUUAAGCACAGUUCGUGCUACGUUUAACGUACAAGUAUGAAAUUCGGUUGCCCACCGGUUUUCCUAAAGCCACCGGGUGCAAAGGCCCUUUCAUCACUGCUUUCAGCUUUAAUUUUAUCCUAAUAUUUGAUGCUUUAAAAUUGGUGUCAUUGUUCUCCAUAGGUAAUGCUAAUGUUUCCAAUGUUUUAUUAUCAGCUUAUUCCUCUGCUUUCAAGGAGCAUUUCUUUCUGAGAUAAAUGAAUGUCUUACAAAUUAUGAAGUCUGGAGGACUGCAUGGAAGAGGCAUCGGAAGGAUUGGACCCUAUCCACUUUACAUGGAGAGUUUUGAAUCCCUCAUAGAAAACAACGAAGUAUCUGAUGAGAUAAUGGAUGCUUUGUUCCAUCUGUUCAGCAGGAAGCGGCCAGAUGUUUUGGCCAUCAAUAAUCAGACCCUGGGUCACAUUCUGGAGGGUGACACCCGGGCUAGGAGCAGUUAUUUUACGAAGAAGAACAUAUUUGAAAAUAAAACUAAGGUUGUUGGUCCCUUUUUGGAGGACGGGAAUCAUUGGACUUUUUUUCACUGCAGCAUUGUUGACCGUACAAUUACAUACCUUAAUUCACUUGGGGAAACAGAUGAACAAUACAACAAAAUAGCAGAAAACUGGAGCACAUUUGCUGCUUCAAAAGGCUACCAGGGGCCAUGGAAAAGAGUUCUCAGGAAACAUAGCUUACAGCAUGAUAGCAUUUCAUGUGGUGUUUUCACAGCUGUGUUUGCUGAGGCCAUACUUGGAGGCUCGGGGGGAUACCUUAUGUGCUCUCCUAUCCAGGAAGAGAGGGAGCGUCUGGGGACACUUCUCUUUAGUUCACUUGAUAGGUCAGGUAUUUGUGGUGUCUGUUUUUACAAGGUACCCAGGAAGAACAAGGAAAAAUGUUCAACAUGUUUUGUAAAUAUUCAUAAAAUCUGUCUACCUGGGAGACAGGAGGAUGCAAAGUGUCUUUUUUGCAAAGGGGGAUUCCUGGUGGAAAGUGUUUUAAAAGUUUCAGACUCUCAUCAAGCAAAAAGAUACCUGGUCACAUCAGAUGAACUACAGAGGAGGUGCUCUCCCCCAGAGAGUUACUCUGCAAACACUGUAGUGGCUUAUCUACGGAAGGCCAAGGGACAAAAAAAGAAAAUUACAGAGACGCUGGCAGAGUUGGAGGUGAACCCCUCAAAGCGCACAAAGUUAACUUCACAGUGCUCCAAACUUUGUGAAGAUGAAUGCAAGGAUCUGGCUGGGGACGUAAUGUUUCUUGCCACAAAAUUCAUCCCCCAGAAAAGGGUGGGUGAAGCCUUACUAGAAGAGGGGAAUGUCCAUGCUGCCAUCGUCAAAACCGAAGACUGCAGGAAGACAUUGAAAGAAGUAAAGGCUGCUCUAGAGAAAAAUUGGGACACAUUUGACCUGGCAACACAUGGUCUUGGUCCUGCCGUAAUAAAUGGCACUUUUUCGUUGAUAGAUGCGUGUCUUAAGGAAAAGAUGAGAGCACUGAAAAAAAAAGACUCCACAGAUGAGUAAGGUUCCCCCACUUUAUUUUGUUUACUUGUAUUGUUUCAAACUCUUGUUUCUUGAUGUUCAGCUGUACAAAAAAAAAUUAAUAAAACAUUACAAAGAA